CUUCACGUGACCGGGUCCGGUUCCCGUGACUGACAGGUCGCUGGUGCUGAGGGCGAUGUCGGGCUCCGAGCGGCUGGGCAGGAAAGGGCAGCAGGAAUGCAACAGGUAACGUGGGCGAUUGCCAAAGCUGGACCUUCUGCUGGUGAAACGAUUCUUCCGCAUCCAGGCGAUCCUCUUCCCCUCUUGGUCGUCCCAGAGUGUGCUGAUGUUCGCCACUCUGCUCUUCGUUGCCUUGCUUGAGCAACUGGUGAUUUAUCAAGUGGGAAUUGUUCCCAGCCGCUUCUUCAAAGUUCUGGGAAGCAAGGACCUGGUUGGUUUCAGAGAACUCACCUCCAUCGCCAUCUGCCUUAUCGUGGCCAACUCUCUGCUGAAGAGUUUUGACCAAUACAUCUCGAACCUGUUGUACGUCAGAUGGAGGCAGAACCUGACACAGAGACUGCACCAGGGCUACUUCAGGAGGAAGGUCUACUACAGCCUAAAUGUGCUGCACACCAGCCUGGAUAACCCGGACCAGCGUAUCAGCCAGGACGUGGAGCGGUUCUGCAGAGGGAUGGGCACAAUGGCCACCAACCUCAUCAUCUCACCCUUCACCCUGAGUUACUACACCUACCAGUGCUUUUACAGCACAGGUUGGUUGGGGCCCGUUACCAUUUUCAGUUACUUCCUCAUUGGCUCGGUGGUCAACAAGGCUCUGAUGGGGCCGAUUAUACCAACCCUCGUCCAACAGGAGAAGCUGGAGGGGGACUUCAGGUUCAAGCACAUGCAGAUCCGUGUCAAUGCCGAGUCAGCAGCUUUCUACCGAGCUGGGCCAGUGGAGCACAUGCGGACCCACAGGAUACUCCAGGAAUUGCUCCGGACACAGCGGAAACUGAUGGGCCGGGAACUGUGGCUCUACAUUGGGGUGAACAUAUUUAAUUACUUGGGCAGUAUAGUCAGCUACCUGGCCAUCGCCAUCCCCAUCUUCGCAGGACGGUACGACGCCCUGUCCCCAGCGGAUCUUAUUGAGCUCAUCAGCAAGAACGCCUUCGUGUCCAUCUACCUGAUCAACUGUUUCAGCCGCCUGAUUGACCUCUCGACCACCGUGUCCGACCUCGCGGGCUACACACACAGAAUCGGGGAACUGCAAGAGGUGAUUGUUAAGCUCUCCGUGUUGCACCGGACAGGCAAACGCUCAGCAGCCAGACACUCGCCCGAGUCUGAGGAGAACAGCAUGGAUUCGGAAGAGGAAGGGGAGGAGAAGGACUCCAACCACACGGCUUUUACACUGGACCAGGUGUCUUUUACCUCCCUGACCUCAGAGGAACUGUUGGUGAAGAACUUAACACUGAAGGUCAGCACGGGACACAACCUCCUGGUCAUGGGCAACACAGGCACAGGGAAGACCACCCUGUUACGGGUACUGAAUGGAUUAUGGAAAAUUACCCACGGCUCUGUGCACAUGGCGACUUGCUUUGGGCCCCGUGGGAUACUCUUUCUCCCCCAGAAGCCGUACUUCACUGAUGGAACCCUCAGGGAGCAGAUUAUUUACCCCUUGAAGGAAAUUUACCCUGUAACAGGAUCAGUAGAUGACAAGAGAAUCUUUCACUUCUUGGAGGUGACUGGACUGGAGUCCCUCCUGAAGAGGACCGGUGGGCUGGAUGAGCAAGUCGAUUGGAAUUGGUAUGAUGCGUUGUCUCCAGGAGAGAUGCAGCGGUUGUCCUUUGCACGACUCUUAUACCACCAACCCAAGUAUGCAGUUUUAGAUGAAGCUACAAGUGCCCUGACGGAGGAGACGGAGGCUGAGCUGUACCACAUCUGUAAACAGCUGGGGAUGACUGUUGUCAGCGUGGGCCACCGUAGUAGUUUGGAGAAGCAUCAUGACUCUGUGUUGAACCUGCUGGGAGGUGGAAGAUGGGAGCUGACCGAAGUCCAGCACAGCAGCUGAUCUCUCCUGCCCGGCUGGCAUGCAAUCCAGCUGAUGCCUCGUCAGACAAUCACAUGCCCAGACUGGAGCCUCUACCUCAUGUUCCCUCCCCUCCUCUUUUAUUACUCAGGAGGGCGGUUUACAAUACUUUGGUAAAUUUUGAUCAUCAAUGCCAUGGGAACACCAGCACUCCUACCUCCAUGGCUUAGAGGGCAAUACUGUACAAACUUACAUUUCAGCAUUAACUUUGGAUCCGCUCAUGUCAAAUGUCUACUCAGACUGAUUCUACCUCAGCCUCCAGAGGAAGGAGACUCUGUUUUGCUAAGAACUACUGAAUAAUGCGGUAAAGAACCAUCUUAAAUCAUGGCUUUAGUUCUCCUUGCCCUCCUAUGAUAGAUGUGAACACCAGCCCAGACUCAGUUUGGAGAGUUGGGUCUGCACCCCUGUGUGUUUCUGUUUUUAAACCAUUCAGAGUAGAUGGAGGGGGAGGGUUGAUAAGUUGCAAAAUACUUGGGAGAAUUUUAUUGAAAUGCACAUCGAGGAUUAAGUACUUGAUUGACAGUCCUUCAAAACCAUGUGCAAGUUAUUAAAAGAAAAUUAUUUUAAAAAAUUUUUAAGUGUAGCUGGGUGUUAGUAGGCUGAACAGUUCAAGCUUGACUUUAACAGAAUGCCGCAGUCUACUUAGGGAGUGUACAGCUGAAGAGAGUGUGGCAGUGUCUGAUGACUCCCAGGCUCCUGAGGUCCUCCACUCUAUUGUCCUCAUUGUGGUCUUCCUGCUCUGUCUGCUGAGGGUUACAUAACAAAAAUGACUGAUGAAACUGCACCACUAAAUAGGUCCGACCUAUCCCUCCUUUUUUGGCAUCAAAGUUAGACCUAGAGUCAAACAGUACAGAAACAAGGGCUUUGGCCCGACUGGCCCAUGUCAACCAAGCAUCCAAUCUAAGCUCAUCCUGUUUGCCCAUGUUUGGCCCAUAUCUCUGAGGCUUUCUUAUUGUCCAAGUGCCUUUUAAAUACUGGUAAUAUACUGUAGCUGCCUCAACCGCUUCCCUUAGCAGCUUCUUCCAUCUGUGGACCACUCUCGGUGGAAAAAGUUGCUCCUCAGCCUCUUGUUACUCCCUUCUCACCUUAAACACAUACACUCUGAUUUCCAGACCCUGAGGAAAGGGCUGAGCAUUUGCCCCAUCUGCACCCCAACUAGCUAAAACUCAGUCCUCCAAAAGCCAACUACUUCACAGAGGUACUCACACAAUGCUGGAGGAACUCAGUACCGUCUUUGGAGGGGAAUAAACAGUUGCCGUUUCAGACAGAGACCUUUCAUUGCUUACUCCCAUCCACAGAUACUGCCUGAUCUGCCGAGUUCCACCAGCAUUUUGUGUGUUGCUCAAGCUUUCCAGCAUCUGCAGAAUCUCAUGUGUUUAUGAUUGACAGAGGUACUGUUGUGUUGUCUUUUAAGACAUCAGAGAUAGAGGAAGGUCUGUAGUCUAGUGUAAUUUUUGUGUUGGUUUACAUAGUUCAGUGUAGUUUUUGUAUUGUUCAUGUAGCAGCAUGGUCCUGAAAAACGUUGUCUUGUUUUUACUAUGUACUAUACCAGCAGUUAUGGUCGAAACAACAAUAAAAAGUGACCUGACUUGAUCAGCUUCAGGAGGGAGGAGACAAACUAGGAGAUGCAGAGAAAAAUACACACUGCUAACAUUGUAAUACUGACUCCAUUAUGGCACUCAAGACCCACCAACGCACCUCAACUGAAUAUCCAUCCUAAUCAUGUUAAACUUCAUAAAAUAAUUAAAGAAAUCUCAGUAACAAAUGGCUUCUGUGUCUCUGUCGAUGGCGCAAAAGGCAAAAAAAUUGUCAAACCUCACAUAAAAGACUUGCUGAGCCAGGGAACCUUGCUCAACAAGCUGGUUAAAAGGGAGAACGUUGUUGUUCAGAGUCACUCGGACCAAAGGGGAAACAGGUAUCAUUGGGCCAAUACUAGGAAACUAACAGCAACACACACAAAAUGUUGGAGGCACUCAGCAAGUCAAUAUCCAUGGAAAGGAAUAAAUAGUCAACAUUUCAGGCCUGAUGAAGGAUCUCAGUCUGAAAGCCUGAUUGUAUUCUGCUCUAUCGAUGCUGCCUGACCUGCUGAGUACUUAAAACAUUUUGUGAGAGUUGCUUUGGACUUCCAGCAACUGCAGAAUCUCUUGUGACUUGCAAAUGAAACCUGCUGAAACGAAAACCCAUUGUCUUGGAAAUACUAACUUUUUUUUCUGCCCACUCUCCCUGGUUCAAUCAGUAUCUCUGUCAUUUUCUGUUCCUAUUUAAUGAAAGAUGGAAUGAGGAAAUUGGGUUAGGUUUUAAUGGAAUCAUUAGUUAAAUUGAGAAGGCAGAUCAGGGAAAACAACUAUCAAAUGGAUGACAAAAGGUUUCCAGUAAAAGAAGCAGAGGAGUUAACCGGGACUUCGAAAGGAAUAUGGGCUUUGCCAAAUACCCAUUAAGUGAAAUAGUAUUCAAAGUUAUUUAACAAGAUUGGUAAUUAUGUGAAUCACAGUGUUAAGUACACCACCUGUAUGUGCAGCCCUUGUGAGGUUGAAUGCAGCAGAAAAGACUUAAGACAGUUACAAUGAAGGGACGAGCACAAGAAAAGACACAUCAUUGAUGUUUGGAAGCUCAACGAGGAGGUGAGAGAAGUGGUUACCUCGAAGAUUGUUAAACGUUAGCUGUGAAGUGAACUGAAUUACUGUCCUGGCAGAUUUGAAAGAAGUCAAUAUGGAGGGAAUGUAAAAUGGAGGUCUUUGAGGACUGAAUAGUAAUCAGUGUUUUCUGUAAUCCUGCUGGGCAUAUCACAAGGACUGUGGUGCUCAGGUUAACAUGCAGUUGGGUAGAAAACAGAAGAAGUAAGCUAUUCAUCUCCUCAAGCAUACCCCGCCAUUCCAACACAAUCAUGCUGACCCUCUGUCACAACACCGUACUCCCACACCUCUUGAAGACGUAUUUAGAAAUCCUAUCAACUAUUUCAAAUUGUAGAAAUAAGCUCCUUGGCCCAACUUAUCCACGUCAACCUCAGCUAACCCCAUUUACCCAUAUCACUCAAUACCUUCCCUACCUAUGUACUUGCCUCAAUGUCUUUUAAACACUGUAAUUGUACUCAUCUCCACCCUUAAUUUCCCCUUUAAACCUUUCCCUCUCACCUUAAUCUCACCUAGUUUUAGACUCCCCUACCAUAGGGAAAACACUGUAAUCAUUCUCUUAUCUACACCUCGUGAUUUUAUGUAAGGGCACCCUCCCCCACCCCCCAAUGCUUUGGAGAAUAAAGCCACAGCAUCUCCAGUUCCAAAAUCCUUGCGAACCUUUUGCACCAUGCCCAGCUCAAUGACAUCCUUCCUACAGUAUGGCAACUAGAAAUGCACACAAUACUCCGUGUGGUCUCACCAAUAUCUUGCACAGCCAUAACAUGAUGUCCUAUAUCUCUUGUACUCUGAUAGAUGACGUGUGUAAAAUGCCUUCUUCACCAUCCUAUCUAGCCAUUUUUGCCUCUUUCAAGGAACUACAUAAGUCUCUCUGUUCUACAACACUCUCCGGAGCCUUAAACUCACCAUGUAAACACUGCCCUGGUUUUAUCACCAUCAUUACUAUGUGCCAAGGCAUCUGACAUAGGCGAUCAUGGUCUCAUGACCAUGAUUGUUCUUGACAAAGUUUUCUGCAGAAGUGGUUUACCAUUGCCUUCCUUGCAGUGUCUUUACAAGAGAUCGUCUGCCUGGCUUCAGUGGUCACAUAACCUGAACUAGUGAUGUGCACCAGCUGCUCAGACAACCUGCUCCCAUGGCUUCACAUGACCCUGAUCCUGUGUGACUAAGCAGGUGCUAUACCGUGCCCAAAGGUGGCCUGCAGGCUAGUGGAGGGAAGGAGCACCUUACACCUCCUUUGAUAGAGCCGUAUCUCCACCCCACCCUGAUUUAACUUCCCAAAGAGCAAUACUUCUCUUUUGUCCCAGUGACGUUCCAUCUGCCAUUCCUUGGCACAGCUUCCUAAUUGACCUGGAACCUGUUGUAUUCUUAGAUUGUUGUAAAAUACACCAUCAAUUUUGGUGCCAAAUGCAAACUUUCUAAGCAUGCCAACUACAUUCUCAUCCCUAAAUAUUAAAAUAGAUGACGGUGGACUCUGCACUGAUCCCUGCGGCUCACCUCUAGCAAGUCCUCAAUCUAAAAAACCUUUCACAACUCUGACCUUACCACCAAACCAAUUUUGUAUCCAGUUGGCUAGCUCAUCCUGGAUCUCAUAAGAUCUAACCUUCCAGACCAGCCGACCAUACAGUACCUUAUCAGAGGCCUCGUUAAAGUCCAUGAGUAGACAAUGUCAACCGAACCACCUUUAUUGAACAUCGUGGUCACCUUUCCCGGAAGAAAUUACCAAAUUUGUGAGACACUAUUUCACACACACAAAGCCAUGCUGACGAUGCAUUAUCAGCCCUUGCCUUUAUAAAUGCAGAUAUCUCUCAGACUCCCCUCAGUGAUUUACCCCCCACUGAUGUUAGGCUGACAGGCCUAUGAUACCCUGGCUUGUCCUUGCAGCUCUCGUCAGCCACCCUCCAAUCUUCCAGUACUACACCCAUAGCUAAUAAUGGUUUAAAUACAGGACUGUGCAAAAGUCUUAGGUGUAUACAGUGCCUAAGACUUUUGCACAGUGCUGUAUUUGUCAAUGUGGAGCAAAGAGAGUUUGUAAAUCUGGUGGGAGCAGAAGAUAUUGGGAAUGGUGAGGGUGGAGUGCCAUGGGAGGAGGGGUGCCAGGGGAGGGGGGUGGUGGUGGCAGGGACUGCAGACACACCCAGCCCUGAGACACCAGACAAGGUCAUUUAAUUCCAAACAAUUGAUUUCUUGAUCAUUACAGAUGUCUCUUUGGUGCUUCCCACUCCCUCCCCUCUCCCUGCCUCCUUCCCACUCUCAGUACUUUAUAGAGGACUAUAUCAGAAUCAAGUUUAUCAUCAUUCACAUGUCAUAAUUUUUUGUGGCAGCAGUAAAGUGCAAUACAAAAAAUUAUCACAUUACUGUGCAAAAGUCUUAAGCACCCUAAUUCUGUAUAUAUGUACUCAAGAUUUUUGCACAGUGCUGCAUAUCUGCCAAAGCCCCACCAAUUUCUUUCCUAGCUUCCCACAAUAUUCUCAGCCAUGCUUGGUCAGGCUCCAGGGAUUUAUCCACCUUUAAACACUUUACGUGCACCAGCACCUCCUUGAUUGUAAUGUGGAUAUAUUUCAAACUUCACUUCUCCUGAGUUCCUGAGCUUGCAUGAUCUGAGCAUCUCACCCCAUAUCCCAAGAGCGAGACUGUUUUCAGGAGAACCAUUCUCCCUCCACCCACUCCAGCCCAACCCUGCUGGAAGUUUAGAUGGUUCUGUGUGAAUGGUGUUGGCUGGAAAGAAUUAGGUCUGCAAAACGUCUAAAUGGAAUGAACCAAGGACAGUGGAAGUAGGCAAACCAAAGGUCUUUGUUCUUGUCGUGUGGUUGAAGGAAGGUGCCAUGUUGUGAGACUGUCCCUGCAGCCACCAAUCUUGCUCAGAGAUGGCUUGAUCAGAGCAAUUGAAAGUGGAGACAAUCAGUUUACUGCUGGCAUGGUUGUGUAAACUGGAGGUCACUUCCAACUGGAAUUUGUCUAUUUGGUUAGGUAGCAGUGGUAGGCUUGUGGAAAGAACAGCCCGUGGCCUGAGGCAACCUGAGCUCAGUGCUUUGCUGACCUGGCUAGACUGGGUUGAAGUGGUCUGAUUCAGAGAGAGAGAGAGAGAGAGAGAGAGAGCAAAGAAAGUGGCACGAAGGCAAUAAUGUUCUUUGUAGCCUUGGGCAAAUCCAAUGAGACGCUGACACCAACUAGUCAGCUGAGCCUGAGCCAACGAAAUCGAAACACAACAGUUCGAUCGAGUAAGAAUGGAGAAAUUCGGGAGUAGAAGCAACAAGAAGUUUGGAGACCAACCAUCAUGCGUGAGCCCAUGUCAGAAAUAUAGAGAUUACGUUGGGAUCCAGAGGAACGUUUGGCCAGUGUAAACUCCUAUUGCCAGGGGUCACGUUUGUAUUCUGACUGUUCACAGAGGGUCAGAGAAACCUAGCAGGUAUGUGCACAGAUAAUUCAGUUUUGUAUGAUUUGAGAGUCCGUUAACUGAACCAAACAUGGUAUUUGUCAAUUAAUACAGAUUCUCUCUCUCUCUCUCUCUGCCUAUCUGAUCAUUAUUGUUGUGCGUGCUUACAACCAACAAUGGAGCAUUGGGUGCUCCAGAGGCCUCCGCCAGUCUCCUUGUGAAGAAGGCCAACAUGACUCUGGGCUUUUCUCGCUGUGAACUAGUUGUCAAGAAGAUCCUGGAUUACCCAGUACCGUCCAUGUUCAGGAAACCCAAUCCACUUAGUGUCCAGAACACCACUGAUCCCAAAAAAAUCACACACAAAAUGCUGGAGGAACGCAGCAGGUCAGCCUCCCAUCGAUGGAGGGAAAUAAACAGACAGGCCAGGACCCUUCCUCGGGUCUAUCGAGGAAUAUACUUUGAAUAUAUUCAAUGACCGGGAAUUUCACAAGUAAAUGAACAAAAUCUGAGCAGCCAGCUCAUCUUUUGCCCAGUCCAUGUAGAUGAAGGACAAGAUGAGCCAGUACCCAUGUCAAUCCAUUCUCAGGUACUGGAUGCACUAACCCACAGACUGCCCUCUCCACCAAACCCACACAGUAAGUUCAGUGUGAAGUAGGGGGGGGGGGAGAGCCCAUCACUUCAAGAAAGCUUCAUUGAAGUAGAGAGCUGAUGCAAAAACAUCAAUGUAAGGGAGUAACAAAGUGCAACAUGUCCUGCUGAAUGUUUCCGCAGUUUCUGCUUGUGUUGUUAUCGAUCUUGUUUUACUUCGUCAAAGCAGUUCUUGUGCAGAUAAUGAGGUGGUUUGACCAGUGUCCAGUUGCAGUUGCAAAAAGGCCAUCAUGGAGUUCCUGGGCCAAAGGGUCUUUUUCCGUUCUCUAUAAGACAUAGGGCAGAAUUGAGUCAUUUGGCCCAUUGAGUCUGUUUCACCAUUCCAUCAUGGAUGAUUAACCCCAUUUCUCAUAUUCUCCCAAUGAUCUUUGAUGGUUUGACUAAUCAUGAACUUAUCAACCUCUGUUUUAAGUACACCCAAUGACGUUGUCUCCAUAGCUGUCAGUGGAGGCCAUGAAUUUCACAGAUUCACUACCCUCUGGCGAAAGAAAUUCCUCCUCUUCUCUGUUCCCCUCUGUUCUGAGGCUGUGCCCUCCAGUCCUAUGCUCACCCAAGAUAGGAAACAUCCUCACCACCUCCAUUCUAUCCAGACCUUUGAAAAUAGGUUUAAAUGAAAUCUCCCCCUCCUCAUUCUUCUAAAAAUCCAGUGAGUACAGGCCCAGAGUCAUCAAACACUCCUCAAAUGUUAACCCUUUCAUUGCCAGAAUAAUUCUCAUGAAUCGACUCUGGACCCUCUCCAAUGCCAGAAUAAUGGAAGCAGCAAUGGAAAAGUUUUGUGCUGGGGUCAGGGCUCAAUACUUGUUGCUUGCCUUCACCACUCCAUGUUGCUAAUCAUUUUAAGUCACUUUAUAAAUGUAUUUUUCCUUCAGCUUGUUCUGAUAGCUCUCCUCCUGUUCAAUCCCAAAAGCAGGUAUAGGGCUUUGUACUGAACUCUGGACUGUUUACCUGAAGAUGGACCUGCGGGAAAUCUUCUUUUCUCUUUUUCCUUAAACCGUGGCACACCAGAUUCAAUAUUUAAAAUAAUAGCUCUGUGUAAAAUCUCGUAGCAAGAUAUUCCCUGCAGAGGUCUGGGGGGCACCGACUGGUUAAAACAAAACCCAAAAGAGUUUGAAUGCGAGGGCACAGACUUUAAGUUCACUCUGCGUGUCUAGGACAGUGACACUUCUUUUCCAGAUAGGCUGUAUUUCUUCUACGCUCGGUUUGAUGUACAGAGGAACGUGUCAGCAAGGAUGGCCCUCUGUUUCCCUGAGCACAGGCAUUCCGUCUGGCUGCAGCUGUCUGAGGAAGACCCUAUCCAGGGUGAGCCCGUGUAAAUCUGAGAAAUCUGAGGUCGGGUGCUGAGGUCGGGUGCUCAGUUUGUCCAGCUAACUGAGGCUCCAACAGCCACCUUCAACAUCUUGCUAGGACAGUCCACUGACCCCUUGGGCUUCAAGGCAGCCUCCAUCACCCCAGUACCCAGGAAAAUAGACAAUAGGUGCAGCAGUAGGCCAUUCAGCCCUUCGAGCCAGCAUCGCCAUUCACUGUGAUCAUGACUGAUCAUCCACAAUCAGUACCCUGUUCCUGCCUUCUCCCUAUAUCCCUUGACUCCGCUAUCUUUAUCUAACUCUCAGAGGGUGGCAGUAACCUGCCUCAACAACUACUGUCCUUAACAACAAUGAAGUGCUCUGAGCGGCUGAUUAUGGAUCCCAUCUUCCUGCUACGUUGCACCUUUCCAGUUCGCUUAUCACUCAAAUCAGUCCAAUGAUGAUGCCAUAGCUUCUGCACGUCGUUCCCUCCUGUCCCAUCCGGAAAAUGGUGCCUCAUAUGCCAGGAUACUGUUCAUUGACUUCAGCUCGGCACUUAAUAGGAUCAUCCCUCAGAAACAGUUUUUGCUGGGUCUCAACACCUCUGUAAUUGGAUCCAGAACUUCUUGACAGAUAGGCCACAGUCAGUUGGCAGAAACACCUCCAGCUCCGUCACGCUGAGCAUUGGCCCUCACAAGAGCUGUGUGCUCAGCCUGCUGCUGUUCACUCUGCCUAUGAACACUGCACCAUUCAAAGCGAAUCAUCAGGUCCAACAGUGGUUGGCCUCAUCAACAAUGCCGACGUUUCCGCGUACAGAGAGGAGGAGGCUGGCGGAAUGGUGCAAGUACAACAACUUGAAUCUCAACGUGGACAAGACCAAAGAGAUUAUUGUGGACUUGAGAAAAGUGCAGGCUGACUACUUCUCACUGCACAUAAACGGCUCCUCCAUGGAGAGAGUUAGGGGCACCAAGUUUCUGGAAGUACACAUAGCGGAUGAUAUCUCCUGGUCUUUCAACACCACUUCUUUGGUCGAGAAAGCACAGCAGCAUCUGCAUCUUCUGAGGAGAUUGAGGUGAGCAAGGCUCCUGCCUCUCCCCUUCCUCCCCAGGAGCAUCACCGAGAGUGUUCGAACCAGCUGCAUCGCCAUCUGGUACAGGAACUGCAAGGCUUCUGAUGGCAAGUCCCGACAAAGGAUUGUGAGGAAUGCUGAGAGAGUGAUCAGGGUCUCUCUCCCGCCCAUCAGAGAUAUUUAUCAGGAGCACAGUGAAUGCUGGGCCCCUAGCAUUGUCAGUGAGCCCUCUCAUCCUUCACAAACCUCUUUGAACCUGUCACAUCAAGCAGGAGGUGCUGGAGCUUAGGAUGGGAAUCAGCUUCUUCACCCAAGCCGUGAGAUUACUGAACUCGCUGCCACCACUCAGGUCUCAUCAAGUAUGGUGAGUGAGUUGUAUGUGCUGUGUUGUGCACCUUGGCCCAGGGGGACGUUUCUUUUGGCAGUGUAUAUGUAAAGGGGGUUUCUUCUUUUUUCUUUGUUACUGUGUAUGUAAUCAAAAGGGCUUCUUUUGUUAACUAGUAGGAAUGCUUCUUUGUUGCGAGAGAGUGCUGGAAGCUUGUUUGGGUUAAAAUUUACUGAUAACGAGAAUUGUAUUCCUUUGUAAACCAAAUGGGGAUUAAUGUUGUUCUUUCUUCUGAGUCUGUAAGCUAUUGUUGGCGGGCUUUUGGGCAGAUCGGCGCGAGGGGGUCGAGAGAGAGGACGCAAUGCUGUUAGCUGGGCGAGGAACGGACCCCAAGCGGGGGUCCGAGGCCAGGAGGUUUUCCGAGGAGGGGGGAUGAAGCUAGAUGUGCUUGGUUGACCACUCGGAGGGUCCUGAGCUGUGAGUCGAGGAGUUCGGAGGGGAUCG